CGUCCGAUCAAUCCUCCACCGUUCAAUCAAAACCACAUAUAAACUCAUUCAACCACAAACACUAAACACUUUAUUACCAGCAUUUCGUUUCAUUCAUUUUCUCAUUUCUUCAGAGAAGAUGAAGAAACAAAACGCAGUCGUUUUGUUACUCGCGUUCGUUAUUCUAACCACCGUGAGCGGCGAGGAUUCGAACCCUAAGAUUCAAGUGAAAUACAAGCGCGACAAAAAGUACUGUACGCAAGGCUGGGAAUGCAAGGAUUGGUCGAUUUACUGUUGUAAUUUGACGAUAAGCGAUUAUUUUCAAACGUAUCAUUUCGAGAAUCUGUUUUCGAAGAGGAACACUCCGAUAGCUCAUGCGGUAGGGUUUUGGGAUUAUCAUUCGUUUAUUAAUGCGGCCGCGCUUUUUGAGCCGCAGGGGUUUGGUACUACCGGGAAUAAGACUAUGCAGAUGAUGGAGAUUGCCGCUUUUCUUGGACACGUUGGAUCCAAAACCUCUUGUGGUUAUGGAGUGGCAACUGGAGGACCUACAGCUUGGGGUCUAUGUUACAAUCAUGAAAUGAGUCCUAGCCAAACAUACUGUGAUGACUAUUACAAAUUAACAUACCCCUGCACUCCUGGAGCUGAAUACUACGGACGUGGAGCCAUUCCUAUUUACUGGAACUACAAUUAUGGAGCUGCUGGAGAAGCUCUGAAGGUGAAUCUCCUUGACCAUCCAGAAUACAUAGAGCAGAAUGCAACCCUUGCUUUCCAAGCCGCAAUAUGGAGAUGGAUGUCGCCAAUCAAAAAGGCACAACCCUCUGCUCACGAUGCCUUCGUCGGUAACUGGAAGCCAACCAAGAACGACACAUUGGAGAACCGUGUACCUGGUUUCGGUGCUACAAUGAACAUUCUAUACGGUGAAGGUGUUUGUGGACAGGGUGAUGUUGACUCGAUGAACAACAUCGUUUCCCAUUUCCAAUAUUAUCUUGAUCUUCUCGGUGUCGGUCGUGAACGAGGCGGGCCCCAUGAAGUUCUUACCUGUGGUGAGCAGCGUCCUUUCAACCCAAACACCAAAACUGCAUCAUCUUAAAUUAGCUAUAUUGUUGUGUUGUGCCUAUACCUUUGAAAACGGUAAGCUAAUAAGGAGUUCUUAAAAAGUUAUUGGCAACAAUGCAAUAAUUUUGAACUGUGUGGAAGUGUGCGAAUUCUUUAUAGCUUUUGUUGUGUAGAAGUCAAGUCAUUUGUAAUAUCAUUAUACUUUGUGAGAAAUCUGUAUCUGGUAUAUAACUACAUUAUGGAUAUUUUGUGUAAAUUUGAAGUUGUUUAUUUCAAACAAAAUCUAUGUGUUUAUUAGUGGCCAACAAUAUAAGGUCUUGUUUAUUUUCUCAAAUA